UUAUUUAUAUAAACAAACUACUUAUCGUACUUUCACUGCCAUUAUCUCCACAUCAUAGUUUCCUUUGUCGUCUCACUUAAUUUCUAGUUCUAGAGCACGAAAACCUGCCAUGGGAGUAGCUCAAGUUAACCAAUUCUGGUUCCAUCUCAUGAUCAUCCUUUUCUCCAUCUCAAUUUCUUCUAUUUCUGGAGCUGAAACAAAUUGUAUAUACGCAGCUUAUGUCCGGACUGGCUCAUUCGUGGAGGAUGCAACAGACUCAAAAAUUACCUUAACUCUGUAUGAUGCGAGUGGGCAUGGAAUUAGAAUCAACAACCUAGUGGCUUGGGGUGGGCUUAUGGGCAAUGGUUACAACUACUUUGAAAGGGAUAACAUGGAUAUGUUCAGUGGGAAGGGCCCGUGUUUGAAUGGGCCUAUCUGCAAGAUGGUGUUAACUUCAGAUGGUACAGGACGAAAUCAUGAAUGGUACUGUAACUACGUGGAAGUCACCUCAACAGGAGACCACAAACAAUGUAGCCAACAACUGUUCAAUGUGGAUCAAUGGCUUAGCACCAAUCGUUCACCAUAUCAGCUCUCGGCCACCAGGAACAACUGUAGGCGUAUGUCCGAUGACCAACAGCCCCUUUACCUUUCUGAAUCAAAUCAUGUUGUUGAUGUGUAAUUUGAUGGCCCAGAAUUCCUUCUCUUUUUUCUUUUCUUUUUUUUUUAAUUUUGCGUAAUCUGAUCAUUUGUGAAGGCCAUUCUGGACAAGGCAUGAUUUGCUGUAAUUGAAAUGGAAAAUUCUUCAUGUUUUAAACUCGUGAUCUUUUGAAGAAUUGUGACAUGAAAACAUUUCCUAUUUGC